UGUACCAAGACGCCCGUCUGCCACCAAGGAACAUUCGAGUGAAUGCAAUCGUCUAUAAAUACGACUUACGAUCUCUCAAUGCACCGUUUACUCGGGAACUCUAUUGUUGAACGCUCAACAUGCUAAGGGAAUCGUUGAUAUUAUGCACAAUACCGGCAGUGAUCAGUAUUAUUGUAAAAGAUCCGCUGCCUACACCAAACGACUACAAAUAUUCAUACAGUAUAGAGGACCCGACAACGGGAGACAGUAAAAGUCAGCACGAAGUACGCCAAGGAGAUCUUAUAACAGGAGCGUACUCUGUUGUAGACCCUGACGGAAGGAAACGUAUUGUAGAAUAUACAGCAGACUCAAAAAACGGCUUCAAAGCAAUAGUUAGAGAAGAACCAUCGGAAACACAUCAACCGCUAAACCCUACACCGACAUUACAGUUACAAAACCUGAAUUAUGUCGAUAGAGUGAACCAAUUUCCGGUUUUCGGUCCAAGGUUAUCGAAUAAUGGAGUGCGGGUUCCGUUCAUGUCAUAUUAUCCUAAGCAGCAGAUUUAUUUCACAGCACGUAAUGAGAUCAAAGCGGAAGACAUUGUAUUUCCACACGGACAAUAUUUCUUACCGGCCACCAAAUGAUUAUAGAAUUCGUGCUAGGUGAAUUCAUUGUGAUACUAAUUUAAGUUUAUAUUUGUAAACAAGGUCAUCGACAUUUUGUAAGUGUAAUAGAUUGUACUGAAUAAAUAUUAAUUUUUA